AUGUACACCUCAGGAGGGCCCCGCUGCAGCAACCAAAAAGAAGCGAAGCCAAAACGCAGUCAGCAGCAGCAGCAGCAGCAGCAGCAGCAGCAGCAGCAGCAGCAGCAGCAGCAACAGCAAAAUAGCAGCAGCACAAACAGCAGUAGUAGCCGCAGCAACACUAGCACCAGCAGCAGCAGCAGCACCAGCAGCAGCAGCACUCGCCAGCAACAGCAGCAGCAGCAGCAGCAGCAGCAGCUGUGA